CAACCGCUAUUAAAACUAAAAGAAGAAGAAGUAACUGCUGUAAACCAAGGCGAUUUGUGUUUACGGAUCUCCGGAGCAAAUCUUUCAAACAUGUCCCAUACUAUUCUACUUGUUCAGCCCACCAAGAGACCGGAAGGAAGGACAUAUGCUGAUUAUGAAUCUGUUAAUGAGUGCAUGGAAGGAGUAUGUAAAAUGUAUGAAGAGCACCUAAAGAGGAUGAAUCCUAACAGUCCAUCAAUUACAUAUGACAUUAGUCAGUUGUUUGAUUUCAUCGAUGACCUGGCAGACCUCAGCUGCUUGGUGUACCGAGCUGACACACAAACGUAUCAACCCAACAACAAAGACUGGAUCAAAGAGAAAAUUUAUAUAUUGCUGCGCCGCCAAGCUCAGCAGGCUGGGAAAUAAAAUGUCCCAAAUGUGCUGAUCAGAGAGGUUUUACUUUUCAGGAAUUUGGCAGGGAAGUUGGUCACUUGAAAGGGGAAACAAUUCCAAAGGACGUAAGGGAUGAUGGCCAGAUAAUUAGAUAAAUAAUUCACAAUUCUAGCCCUGGGUGACUACUAUGAGUUCGUUAAAGUAACUGGAAGAAAAAUACUUUAGCACCAAUCUUAAACUAACACACUUAUUUUAAUAUGCAGAUGACACUAAAGACCGUUACUAAUUUCACCAAGGCAGAGUAAAGUGUUGGGACUAAGCUCAGCAGGCCAGUAGAUGUACAGACUGAACUGUACAGUUCUGUGAUACAUAAGACUGGAAUUGAGAACCAUUUGUCCUCAUGAAAAUGUGAUUUCGAACUACUUUUAUUUUUGUGUGGAUUAUUUUAUUUUAAAUUCCUGUUCCACCAUAAUAAAAUGGUUUUGUUUAAACUGA